GGUCAAAAAGUUAAAUGUAGUUAAAAAAAAUAAUAAUAAUGAACAACACUAAAAUGAUAGAAUGAAAAAUGAUAAAUCAUAAUCAUAUCUAACUGCAUUAUAAGUGUGCGACAGCGUUCUGUAUUGGGUCACACAUCACAUGAUUGGGUGCACAUUAUUUCUGCCUGUUGUCUCAUCAUCACACAGUGACAUGUGGGCUCUGAGGUUCCAAGGAGAAGGAUCACAAAGUGUUUGGUCCAGCAGGAGUUGGCCCCAUCAGGCUGCUGCUGCUGCAGCAGAGACUCCACAGGGCGGACCUCAGGCUACUUUACAUACUUCACACACACACACACACACACACAGUCACCCUGUUCACUCUCACACACACUGGGACACGGACACACCUGCGACAGGGUGCGAUGUCGUCUCCCGGCGCCUCCAAGAGGAAGACCAAGAAGAAACACUUUGUGCAGCAGAAAGUGGAGGUUUUCCGAGCCGGCGAGCCUGUGAUGAGCGUGCUGAUGUGGGGGGUCAAUCACUCGAUUAAUGACCUGAGCCAGGUGCCCGUACCUGUCAUGCUGCUCCCAGACAACUUCAAAGCCAGCUCCAAGAUAAAAGUCUGCAACCACCUCUUCAACAAAGAGAAUCUUCCUGGACAGUUCAAAUUCAAAGAAUACUGUCCACAGGUGUUCAGAAACCUGCGAGAGCGUUUUGGCAUCGAGGACCAGGAUUACAGGGUGUCUCUGGCCCGCAGCCCCCCCCUCAGGGACGACGAGGGGCCCAGCGAGGGUCUGCUGCUGACGUCAUACGACCGCACGCUGGUGGUAAAGGAAAUCUCCAGUGAGGAGGUGGAGGAAAUGCACAACAUCCUCUCAGAGUAUCACCAGCACAUCGUCACCUGCCACGGGAGUACGCUGCUCCCUCAGUUCUUGGCCAUGUACCGCGUCACCGUGGAGAGCGAGGACACCUACCUGUUAGUCAUGAGGAACAUGUUCAGCCACAGACUGCACGUGCACAGGAAGUACGAUCUCAAGGGGUCCCUGGUGUCUCGUCAAGCAAGUUUUAAAGAGAAGGUGAAAGAGCUGCCCACCUACAAGGAUGUGGACUUCAGGAAUAAGAUGCAGAAGGUUUACGUGAGUGACGAGGAGAAGGAGAAGCUCAUGGACAAGCUCAACAGAGAUACCGAGUUUCUGGUGCAUAUGAGGAUGAUGGACUACAGCCUGCUGCUGGGCAUCCACGAUGUUGAGCGGGCUGAGAGGGAGGAGGAGGAGGGGGAUGAGGAGGAGGAGGAGGAGGAGAUGGAGUUGCCCUAUGAAGAGGAAGAGGAGGAUGAAAACGGCCUGGCUCCCGCCCCAGACUCCACCUCACCCCAGGGCAUCGCUGGCUACAUGAACUCCUUCAAACCCAUGGGUCCUGGGGAGUUUGACCCUUACGUGGAUGUGUACGCCGUACAGAGCUCUGUGGGUGCGUCCCAGAGAGAGGUGUAUUUCAUGGGUCUGAUUGACGUGCUGACACAGUACGACACCAAGAAGAAAGCCGCUCACGCUGCCAAGGCUGUCAAACACGGGGCGGGGGCAGAAAUAUCAACAGUUCAUCCGGAGCAGUAUGCCAAGCGUUUUCGAGAGUUCAUCACGAAGAUCUUUGCGUAGUUCAAAGAAUCAUUUCACUCCUUGUUUAUAAUAAGAAGACUCUCAUCAUGCAAUAAUUACACCAAGAUACAUCAACAUGAAGCUGCAUUGAUUUUUUUUCUAUUCACUUCUUGAUGAUGUAGUGUACGCUGUAAUGUUCCUGGACUCAAUUGGUUUUCCUUUUGUUUUCACUUUCGCAGGAUUUCAGAUACAAACCGUUUGAUAUAAGUUAGCACCUCUCACAUAAAUGUCUUCUGUAAGUGACCAGUGGGGGAGAGGUGCUUAGAAAACAAUAUCCAUCUCCUUUUUCAGCAUUAAUGUUUGAUGAGGCUGGUGUAGUUUUACAUUAAGUGUUGCCAAGUGCAGAUUUGAAAUUGAUAGCACAAACUAGUUGAUUAUUGAAUGAAUAAAUAAAGCCAUUGGAAAAGUCUAGUCAUAUAUUGUAUGUAAUGAUAUUCUGAUUAUGUGUAUUAAAAUCACAAAACACUUUUUCACAAAAAACUACACCAGACUAUUAAUCGGUCCACUGACCUGUGACCUUAGUAAGCUGCUUCUCAAAACACUGGGUUACCUCAACAGUUUUGUAAAUUUUGAGUGUGAAUGUGACAUUAAAAUACUUUCAGCUGCCGCUGAUUUAAGCACAAA